AUGUCCUUCUCUCUUUUCUGUUUCACUCUCAAUGUCCCUCUCUCUUUUCUGUUUCACUCUCAAUGUCCCUCUCUCUUUCUGUUUCACUCUCAAUGUCCCUCUCUCUUUCUCUGUUUCCUCUCAAUGUCCCCCUCUCUCUCUCUGUUUCACUCUCAAUGUCCCUCUCUCUCUCUCUCUGUUUCACUCUCAAUGUCCCUCUCUCUGUUUCACUCUCAAUGUCCCUCUCUCUCUCUGUUUCACUCUCAAUGUCCCUCUCUCUCUCUCUGUUUCACUCUCAAUGUCACUCUCUCUCUCUCUGUUUCACUCUCAAUGUCACUCUCUCUUUUCUGUUUCACUCUCAAUGUCCCUCUUCUCUCUGUUUCACUCUCAAUGUCCCUCUCUCUCUCUCUGUUUCCUCUCAAUGUCCCUCUCUCUCUCUCUGUUUCACUCUCAAUGUCUCUCUCUCUGUUUCCUCUCAAUGUCACUCUCUCUUUUCUGUUUCACUCUCAAUGUCCCUCUCUCUCUCUCUGUUUCACUCUCAAUGUCCCUCUCUCUCUCUCUGUUUCACUCUCAAUGUCACUCUCUCUUUUCUGUUUCACUCUCAAUGUCCCUCUCUCUCUCUCUGUUUCACUCUCAAUGUCCCUCUCUCUCUCUCUGUUUCACUCUCAAUGUCUCUCUCUCUCUGUUUCACUCUCAAUGUCACUCUCUCUUUUCUGUUUCACUCUCAAUGUCCCUCUCUCUCUCUCUGUUUCACUCUCAAUGUCCCUCUCUCUCUCUCUGUUUCACUCUCAAUGUCCUCUCUCUCUCUCUGUUUCACUCUCAAUGUCCCUCUCUCUCUCUCUGUUUCACUCUCAAUGUCACUCUCUCUUUUCUGUUUCACUCUCAAUGUCCCUCUCUCUCUGUUUCACUCUCAAUGUCCCUCUCUCUCUCUCUGUUUCACUCUCAAUGUCCCUCUCUCUCUCUGUUUCACUCUCAAUGUCACUCUCUCUUUUCUGUUUCAGCAGUAUAUAG